AUGUUGCAUAUCUCGCUGGCCCAAUCUGGUGGGGAUGCGAGGGAUUUCGGGGGUCCGGAUCUCCUCCGCCAGCAGGAGAAGUCUGAAGAAAAGAAGCCCGCACUAGGCGGCGGAGGUGGAGGAAAGUACGUUCCUCCAGCCCAACGCAAGGCCAUGGAAGAGGAGGAGGCCAAGAGGAAAGAGAUGGAAGAGCGCCGCAACCGGCAGCGAGAGCUGGAUCGACAGCAGGAAGAGGAAAAGGAGAGGCGGCGUGAAGAGAUGCGAAGUAAGCAGAGGGCCGAAGAGGAGCGAAGACAGCGCGAGGAGGACGCGAAGAGAGAGAAGCGCGAGGCGGAGGAAGCCAAAAAGGCCGAGGCUGAAAAGCAGCGGAAAAUGGAGAUGAAAGCCGCCAAGGAGGCUGAGGCUAAGGAGAGGAGGGAGGCCUUGAAGAGUGCCAGCCAAGCACAGAAGAAGGCGUCCCAAAGCUCGGGCAAGAAGCAGGUCUUCGACACAUCCAAGAUUGACGGCUUCGUGGACAGCUGCGAGGAGGUCGUCAAGGAGGAAGGGCCGGUGGAAAAGCUUGUUGACGAGCUUGACGAGCUGCUCUCUGAAGACGAGUGGAGCACCGUCCAGCCCAUUGCGCGCCUGAAUGAGAUGCUGUUGCAGCACUGCAGGGGCAAGCAGGACGAAGAGGUCUUCAGCAUUGUACAGACCUGGGCCCCGAUGCUGAACUGUCUCAUUGAGAAGGCAGGCAUCCACCGCUUCAAGGUGAAGGUGCUCAUUGAGGCCCAGCGUGCGGCCUCCAAGAUGGGCUUGCCAAGGCUGUCUCCUGCGACCGCCCUCCUCGAAGCCUUCUUCGACGGCCUCUACAGGGCAGAGGUCAUUGAGGAGGAUUACUUCGAGAUGUGGGCGGUGGGUGAUGACGACACGGCCGGGAAGACGUCGGCCAUGUUCCAAGUCACCGCGUUCCUCGACUGGCUCCGUGGCAAGAUGGAUGAGGACGAGGAGCAGGAGGGAGAAGGUGAGGAAGAGGAAGAUGAGGACGAUGACGAGGAGGAAGAAGAAGAGGAUGAUAUUGAGGCCAACGUGCCAACCACCAGAAGAAAGUGA